AUGAAUUCAGCCUCAUCACCGUCGUCUCUUCCUCUCCACAUCUCCACCGUCCACACAUCUCGUGCCACAAUCAACCGCUUCCAGUCCCUCCUCCACCUUACAUCCAUCUUCGCCUUGCUCUACUACCGCCUCUCCGAAAUCACCACCGCCGCCACACCUUCCUCUCUCUUCUCCCUGUUCCCAAUCUUGGCCGCCGAGCUGAUCCUCUCGACCAUCUGGCUCUGCUACCAAGCUUUCCUAUGGCGCCCUGUUUUCCGAACCACUUUCCCCGACAGGCUUCCCCGCGAGGAGGCCGCGCUUCCUCCGAUCGAUGUGUUCGUAUGCACCACGGAUCCGGAGAAGGAGCCGCCCUGGGAGGUGAUGAACACCGUGGUGUCGGCGAUGGCUCUGGAUUACCCGCCGGGGAAGCUCUCUGUUUAUGUCUCCGACGAUGGGGGGUCGAUUGUGACAUUGAGCAGCUUGAAGGCUGCCCGGAGGUUUGCGAGGUGUUGGGUUCCGUUUUGCCAGAGGUUUGGGAUCGAGUGUCGAUGUCCCAGGGCUUACUUUUCAGGGCGCCCGGAGAAGGAGGGGGAUGGUGGCGGUAAGAGUUUGGAGUGCUUUGAAGUGGAGAAGAUGAAAGUUGAGGCGAAAUACGAAGAGUUCAAAUGCAGCGUGGCCAAGGCAGUCGAAAACGGCGCUGCAACAAUUGCCACCUUCAACCCCCGUGAUCAUUCUCCGACGAUUGAGGUGAUACAGGACGAUUCCGGCGAUGAUGAAUACGAAACCAGCCGAGUCAAGUGCCCUCUGCUCGUCUAUGUUGCUCGGGAGAAAAGGCCUUCCUCGCCUCACCAUUUCAAAGCAGGAGCACUCAAUGUUCUUCUUAGGGUUUCCGGGAUCAUGACCAACUCCCCAUAUGUACUGGUUCUGGAUUGUGACAUGUAUUGCAAUGACCCAACAUCUGCUAAACAGGCAAUGUGCUUCCACCUUGAUCCUGAGAUUUCACAUAAGUUGGCUUUCGUUCAGUUCCCUCAGAAAUUUCACAGCUUAAGCGAGAAUGAUAUCUAUGAUGGCCAGAUGAGGACGUUGUUCGUGGUGAGAUGGCCUGGAAUGGAUGGGGUUCAGGGACCAAUUUUAUCUGGCUCUGGAUUCUAUAUCAAGAGAGAGGCACUAUAUGGCAAUGUUUCAAAGAAAGAUAUCCCACAAUUGAAGCAAUGUUUUGGGGAUUCAAAUGACUUUAUCUCGUUUGUUAAACAAAGCAAUCGACAUAAUCUCUUUCAUGGAGCAGAGGUGCCAAUCGACCUCCUAGAAGAAGCCCAUUUCCUUGCCCAAUGCUCCUACGAGAGAGAGACUUCAUGGGGCAAAGAGAUAGGAUUUCGAUACGAGUCUGUAGUGGAGGAUUACUUCACAGGAUUCAUGCUACAUUGCAAAGGUUGGACUUCUGUGUACUGUACUCCUUCAACACCUGCAUUCUUGGGCAGCAGUCCCACAAACUUGAACGACACAUUAGUUCAAAACAGUCGAUGGAAUAGUGGGUUGUUCGAGGUCGUGCUCUCAAAGUUUUCUCCUUUAAUCUAUGGGAUGAGUCAAAAGAUGUCGCUGCUCCAGACCUUGUGCUAUGGGUAUUGUGCCCUCCAGCCACUGUAUUCCUUCCCAGUUUGGUGUUUGUCUACCUUGCCUCAACUCUUUCUCCUAAAUGGCAAAUCGUUGUACCCCAGUGUAUCGUCUCCAUGGUUCAUGGUCUUUGCCUUAAUAUUUAUAUCUUCUUCCUUGGGGCACUUGAGAGAUGUCCUAGUAACAGGAGGCUCAAUCCAGACAUGGUGGAACGAACAAAAAUUAUGGAUGAUUAAGUCAGUUACAGCUUACACGUACGGUUGUUUGGACGCCAUCCUGAAAUCCGUUGGGGCAAGAAAAGCAAGUUUCAUUCCAACAAGCAAGGUUGUUGAUGAUGAAGAGGUCAAAUUAUACAAAAUGGGAAAGCUAAACUUCAACACAUCACCCAUGUUCCUUACUCCGAUUGUCACUUUAGUGGUUUUGAAUGCUCUUGCACUCUUUGGAGGAGUUGCUAGGAUAUCUAUCUUCGUUGGAAGCUGGAAGCAGAUGUGUGGACAAGUGCUACUUUCUGUUUACAUCUUCGUAAUGAGCAUGCCUGUGAUUGAGGGUAUUUUAUGGAGGACGGAUCAUGGACGAGUUCCAAUCUCUGUCACCCUCUUUUCUCUACUUCUUGCUCUAACUAUAUGCCUAGGCUCGAUUGCUCUUUUGAACUAAGCCAUCUAUAACUUUCUGUUCAAUCAUGCACUAAUGUCAAAGUCGUAUCAACUUCUUGUUUGCAUGCAUUCAAACUACAAAUUUAAGAGUUACAUUGUGU